CAUUCGUUAUUCGUCAGUCGGCCCGGUUUAAAUUUUUUUUUUUAAAAUUCGGUUUUGAAUUUGUUAUUAUUUUUAUACGGCCGUUUUUUUGCUGUUUGUUUUUUCCCCAUACACACAUCGUUCGCAAGUCUAGCUCGCGGCUAUACGUACAUCGUCGUACGCAAAGUCCAUCGUCACGCAGCCGGUAUACACAUAGACAUGCCGACGUUUGAAGAAAACUUUUUAAACUACAAGCCACCGGUGCUUCCGGAGUCCCUGAGCAAUCUACCGGACCGCGUGUGCAAGACCUACAACAACAGGACUCUUUUCAUCACCGGUGGGUCGGGAUUCCUGGGUAAAGUCUUGAUCGAGAAGCUCCUGCGAAAGUCUCCGGACAUCAAAAGGAUAUACUUGCUGUUGCGGCCCAAGAAGGGGAAGGACCCGAAGCAGCGUGUAGAGGCUUUGUUUUCGUCCGUGUUGUUCGAUCAUCUGAAAGAACUAAGAGGUACUGAUUUUAUAAAAAAAGUGUUUCCGAUUUCCGGAGACGUGAGUGAACCGAAUUUAGGCAUAAGUGAUGAAGACCGCAAAAUACUGGCGGAAGAGGUCAAUAUUGUAUUUCAUGCGGCCGCUACCAUACGGUUCGACGAAUCUCUCAGGAAAGCCGUCCUGCUCAACACUAGAGGUACUAAAUUGGCGUUGGAAUUGGCCAAGGAAAUGAAAAACUUAAAGUGUUUUGUGCACGUUUCUACGUCUUAUUGCCAUUUGGAUGAAAAAGUACUGUAUGAAAAGGCAUACCCACCUCCGGCCGACCCGCACAAGAUCAUACAAAGUAUGGAGUUGCUGGAUGAGGCGUUUGUCGAAGUUAUUUCCAAACAAAUCCUCGGCAGCUGCCCCAACACGUAUGCGUUUACCAAAUGCCUUUCCGAGCAUUUAGUGGUCGAACAAAUUAGAGCCGGUUUGCCGUGUCUGAUCGCUCGUCCGUCAAUUGUCAUUCCUAUCUGGAAAGAGCCUCUGCCGGGCUGGACCGACAACAUCAACGGGCCCACAGGUUUGCUCAUCGGUGCCGGCAAAGGUGUCAUUCGCACCAUGUAUUGCUUCAAUCAAGGUUAUGCCGACUACUUGCCAGUGGAUAUAACCGUCAACGGUCUCCUUCUGCUCACUUGGAAUUACGUGGAGAAUAACGACACUGAUAGAAGCAUUUGCCAUUUGACAUCCAGCCAAGAAUGGAGAGUGACGUGGCAAGAAAUCAUUGACAUCGGCAAAGACAUAGUCACCAACGAAGUGCCGUUGAACGGCGCAGUCUGGUAUCCGGGCGGCAGCAUGAAAAGCAACAAAAUCCAUCAUUACCUUUGCGUGUUCUUCUUGCACACUAUACCGGCCUAUUUCCUGGAUGCCAUUAUAUAUUUGUCCGGCAACAAACCAUGCUUGGUCCGUAUUCAAGAUAGAAUCAACAAAGGGUUUGAAGUGUUCGAGUACUACGCUAACAACCAAUGGGAAUUUAGAAAUGAACACGUUCAUUACAUGAGGAAAAUCAUGAACGCCCGAGAAAAAUUCGAAUACAAAAUCGACGGCGCCGACAUGAAUAUAAGAAAUUACUUUAGAGACUGCAUUAUGGCAGCUCGUAUUUAUAUACUAAAAGAAAUGCCGGAAACACUACCCAGGGCAAGAACUCACAUGAAAAUAAUGUAUUACGUGGAUAUCAUAGCCAAAAUUUUGAUGUUUAGUCUACUUCUGUGGACCGUGUUUAAAUGGUCUGAUGCCAUCAUCGCCGUCGGCUUGUGUUUGCUAAAUCUUGUACAUUUAUUGUUUAGUUCAACUCUGUCAAUCUUCAAUCGAGGAGACUCAUCUAUCGAGCCAGUACUAAACAAUGAACUGUAGCAAAAUUAAAUACGUUUUUUAAAAAAAAAAAAAAAUAUAU